AUGAACGCAAUUGCCGGACUUCUGGGGUCGAUCAUAGUAAGCUUUCUUCUGUUUUGCCAUUGGCUUAAUUAAAGUAGUGUGAUUGUUUUAUGGGGCCAAAAAUAGACUACUGGCCAGAACAAUGUAAAAGUAGCUUUUAAUGCACAUCUUGUGUCGGGUAAUCACUCAAAUUUCAAAAGCAACAAGUUGAGCAGCAAGUAAGCAUUAUUUUUAGAUACGGCAAUUAAGGCGCACACAAAAUUUAGAACCCGGGUUUACCUGGCGACUACAUGUUUAAGUAAACGUAGUUCAAGCCACCCACUUCCUUUCCAUCAUUAAUCUGUCUUUAAUUCGGACAGCCGUCUCUAUUUUAAACUGGAGCGGACCUGCUCACUGGCUAGAAGGAGGACAAUGGCAUUUAAAACAUUUGUGACGUUUUCCAGGUCAAACUAGUAUCACAACCUUUUGUCCCUGUUUCAAGCUCUAAGGGAGUCAGCAAGUCAGUGACCGGCAGGGAAGGGCCUAGAUUCUGGAAUGACUCGCUUGACCAUGACGUUGAAUCAAGUUUUUAAGCUGUCCUGCGUACAAACCCACCGGCACCAACCUCAAUAACUGACGAGAGAUCUUGUUAGAGAAAGCCAAAUUUAGUUUUUUAGACCUCGGACGGCAAGAUGAAUCAUUGCCCAAGGCUUGGGAUUAUGUUUUCGACACAUAGAAUUGACUAAAACAGCAAUCUGUUUUGUCAAAUACUUAACUCUUUUCGAAUAGGCACAUCGAUGUCUAACACUCUUGAUUAAAAUUAAGAACUAUGUCAUUGAAUUGCAUGCUAUUUCAUAGCAAAGUGCGCUAUAUGUCUACGAUGCAGUUCCAUAAAACUUUAAUUAAAACUGCCAGAUAACAUUCAUUCUGACAAAAUUUGCCACUGUUCGAGUGCACUAUGGCACGGGAUUAGCUUAAAGUUUUAAUGAAAAAGUCUUUUCACUUUUCCCAACCAAUAGUUACGGAAGGAUCUCGGGAGGCCACAAUGCCUUUUGCUUUUCCAUCUAUCUGAAAAGCGUCUGAUACGUUUAUGCCCUUUUUGAAAGAAAUGCUAAAUACGUUCCAAGCAUUAAUAGCAGAAUAAGAAGCAUGACUUCGACAGGGUUGUCCUUCUUACAGAGACUUCCUAUUUGGGGCUCUUGCUGUCCACUAUCUGCAAGGCGGUUUCCGUCUCAGUUGGCACCCUUAAGGAACUUUUUGACUGGGCCUUUUAUGCUGCAGAGUACACUGAAUGGACGGAUGUUUCAUAGGGUUUUAAUAGAACGGCAGAACUCUUCUCGAGUCAGCCAAUCCAAAAUGGACAAUAGAAUUUGGCAAAACACGCUUCUAGCCGACAAUUACAGUCGUUCUAGCAAUGAAGUUGUCCUACGUCUAGGCUGCGGAAUGCGAACUGGUCCCAGAAAUGUAACGUAGCAGUUCACCCUCCUAUAGAUAGCUGAGCAACAUUCGGGUAGACAGUCCAAUUCAAGCUACAUUGAACAAUGUUAAUAUGAACCCUUAGAAACUACAACUAAGAAUCUGUCUGCACAGUCGCUCAGUUUUUCCAAAUCCAUUAUUCCUACACAGUGUCUGAUCGCCUCUUCAAAAAUCAGGCCUUUGUGUGCGGAUAUCACUUUGAUUUUUCCUAGUCGAUUGCUCUUAAAUAUUUCUAACUCCAACGACCUUCCAUUUAGUUAUUACUGAAGUUGGUUCGUCGACUUAGCUUUUAUGUUUACAAACCUUUUCAACAUACUUUUGAGUGCUUCCAGGGAUUACGAGGAUAGGGGCCUUUAAAUCACACCCGAGGGCGAUGAACUCAUAUUACUCGGAUUACGGGUUGAAAGCCGUCCAAUGUGCUUGUUUGGAUUUUUUUCGUAUAAUGCCACUCUUGUUCCUCCUUGCAUCCUCUCCCUCUCCCAUAGGUCCUCGGUUGCAUUUUAACUAGCCAGGCGGCAGCUGUCGUCCGUGAGGCCGAAGGUGCGCGAAGUCGCGAACAUCCUGACGCUGUCUUCUACCCAUUCGCCAAACGCUACUUUGACCCCAUCCGCUAUGGUCUGUCAAGUGAGUUCAUGUGCUUUUCAACCUCCAACUGACCUAACCUUUUCUCUCCUUCACCUGUAGGUUACGACGGUUUUCGCAGCAAGUAUGCGGCGCCCUCGGCCUAUUUUUCGGAUAUGGAGAAGCGAGCACCCUACUUUGACCCAAUUCUAUAUAACAUGCCUUAG